AUGGCUGCCACUUCAUUCCUAUAUUCUCAGCUGUUUGUUUCUCUUCCCCAGCCCGACCAUGACUUCACUGGUCAGACAAUAGUCAUCACGGGCGCGAAUGUCGGCCUGGGUCUCAAUGCAGCUCGGCAUCUUUUGGAACUAAAUGCCUCCUAUGUCAUUCUAGGAGUGCGUGAUAUGACCAAGGGAGAAAUUGCCAAGAAAUACUUAGAGCAGUUUGCUAAGGAGACCAGCCGAAUCGAUGUCUUCGAACUUGACAUGGAAGAUUAUCAAUCAGUCCAGUCAUUUGCAAAGAGGACCUCAGCCGUACCACGCGUAGAUGUGGUCAUUCUCAACGCAGGAAAGAUAGCGCAGGAAUUUUACAUUGCCGAGGAAGAUGAGAGCACAAUUACUGUCAACGUUGUUAGCACAAUGCUUUUGGCACUCUUGUUGCUUCCUAAACUACGCGCCUCGGCCCAAGCAGGAAAGCAAUGCCCACGGUUGGUGAUCGUAUCCUCCGAUCGCCAUGUUAUGACCAAGUUGCCAGAAUGGAAAGCACCUGAUACAUUCGAAGCUUUGAGAAACAAGGCUUACUAUGGGCCAGAUGAUCGAUAUUACGCAUCCAAGCUCCUUUCUGUCCUCUGCAUGAGGCAGCUAGCAAAUGAAAUCGUCUUGAAAAGUCCCAGGGUAGUUGUUAAUGGACUCACACCUGGCUAUUGUGUAACAAAUCUUGUCAACGGGGUGAAAGGAUUCUGGGGUUGGCAACUUUGGUUCAUGAAACAUUCAGUGGCUCGCACGGCAGAGCAAGGCUCGCGUACGUUGGUCCACGCGGCAACUUUGGGCUUUGAGAGCCACGGGAAAUAUCUUAAUGACUGCAAGAUCGACGAUGGCGCACUUUCCGAUUUUGUCAGAAGCCGAGAGGGAUACCAAGCCCAGCAGAAGAUUUGGAAGGAAUUGCUGGUUAAGUUAGAUCGAAUUGUACCUGGGGUAGCGGAGAAUCUUUCUUGA